AUGAUUUCCAUGAUUCGGGCUAGUCUCUCAUCGGUUCUCACUCACAUAGGGCCCAUUGGGUUGACCUUGUUUGUGAUUAGUAUCUGCUCUGCUGUUUUCUUUUCCAGGGCUUUCAUCUUCCCAGAGCGGGAAAAAAGAAACUUUACUAAAGAUAAUAUGCUCUCUGAAUUUGAAGAAAUGAGGAAGCAUCACGAGACGGCUGAUCUGUUGCAGGACUUGAUUGAGUUUGACGGUGCAGGCAGUUGGCCUCCGCAAGCCUCUCAUGGCAAAGCGUGGCCCAUAGCGCUUCGUCCAUACCAUGACGUCUAUCUCAAACUUGCCAAAUCACUGCCCACGGCACAUGUACCACUUGAGAAAGAAAUCCUCUCUAGACGACGUUUUGAGUAUCGGGCACAGAUGCGAAACCUUUUGCGGGAUAACGUUGAUUUAUCGGCCGUAGAGGAGAUUCUCUCGAUAACUAAAGCAACGGAUCGCUCUUUAUUCUCGGAAAAGGCAUAUAAUGGCUUUUAUGCGUGCAUUGCAGUCUCGCGUCAUGCUUAUAGAUGGGCCACCAUACCUGUCGUCAAAGUCGCACAAGAGGAAAAGCUGAUUGAUUUUCCUCCUGAGCUUGAGCUGCCCUGGCGUUUUAUCCAACAACGCUAUAGGAUAAAGUCACAAGGAGGCAACAUUGUGUCGAACUAUCUUUGUAACUUCGACACAGAGGGAAAGAUUGUCUACCAGAUCAAUAGUGGCAUGCCCGAAACUAUCAGAUCAGCUGAGUACAACUUCGCACAUAUUUUCGUCGCUAUGGAAAAAUUGGCACUACCAAUAUAUUACAACCUCAUCAAGUCCAUAUUAUUUUACGAACAAGGUCAGAAAGAGGCAUGCGUUGACUGUCUCAGGACGAUCAGAAAACAUCUACCACGCGCUUUGGAUACAUAUCGAAACACCCUAGUCGAUUCUAAGAUACCUCAUAGUUUAUGGUUGUCUUACGUGCAAGGAUUUCAGGCUUGGGGUGCUGGAGAGAUUAUAGAUGGCACCUAUAUCGAGUAUGAUGGCCUUUCUGGCAAUCAACAACCAAUGUUUCAUUUCAUUGACGCUUUCUUGGGAAUCGAUCCUUAUCUAAGUGAGGAAUCAUUGCAGAGAUACAUUCAUUCUUCGCAAAGAAAGUUGAGUAUGGCCUUGAGAAAGCACAGUUUUAGACAGAGGGCACGAUUGGCGGGACUCUUUGAAAUUGACACUGAGAUGGAGAGCAUCAAGAACCAUAUACGGGUAAGUUUAUGUCAACAUUUUGCGAGUUUUGAUUCCUGA